AUGAUCUCCUCCCCCCUCGCAACCCCUGCCCGCAUCGCCUCGAUCCGGUCAGCACGGUCAUGGCGCCGACCACGCAGGAAGAUGUGUCGGGAUCUAGUUCGAGGGCAGGACGGCGGCGGCGGCGGCGCACCCCGGUGUCCGACCGGUCUGCGGAGGCCCAACCGGAAGCUGCGCCGACCUCGCAGCGAGCGGCGCCGACCACACAGGAUGAGGUGUCGGGAUCUAGGUCGAGGGCAGGGCACCGGCGGCGCAUCCCGGUAUCCGACCGGUCUGCGGAGGCCCAACCAGAAGCUGCGCCGUCAUCGCAGCGAGGCAAGAGGAAAGCCUCCCCGGAGCGGUCGUCCGCAGCAUCGCAGCGACGCAGGAGGAAAGCACCCUUGGAGCCGUCAGAGGACAAGAGGCAGAAAAGAACCGCCAAGAAGCGGAAGAGAACUGACGAGAAGAAAGCCGCUAGCAGCAAGGGCGAGGAGGCCGCGGCGACGACCUCAGCUUCACCAGGCGCAUCGCAUGCCUCCUCCUCCUCCGAGGCUUCCUCUGCGGCCAGCUCUCCUCUGCGUUGCCCUCUUCCCCCCGCCCCCGCCAUGGGCGCAGGACGUAACUACGACCCUGCGAUGGAGCCUGCCUACGAAGCCUAUAUGGACUUGAGUUCCAAGUACCAUGCGAAAAGAAAGCGCCAACUUCAACUUGUAACACUUGAUCGCUCCAAGGCUUCUUCAUGUAUGGUAAAUGAGAAAUUGCAGAGUGUUCGUGAGUCUGCAACAAAAACAGUUCUUCAAGUAGCUAAAGUUGUUCUUGGCUUUUCGUCCUAUGUCGAUGGUAAACUGAUGGCACGAUCAUCGGGCUUUCUAAUUGAUUGGGAUGAGAGGAGUAAAGCAGGCACAGUUUUGACAUCUGCGCGCAUAAUCUGUUCAAAGUAUUCAGCCCUAAGCCAGUGGUCAGGUACAGAUGAGUAUGCACCUAAUGCUGAGAUUGUUGCUCAUUUAUUGGAUGAAGAUGAUGCUACUGUACCAGCACUAUUGCUUCAUUAUGACAAGCACGUCAACAUUGCUUUGAUUAAGGUUGAGAUAGAAUUAUGUGCUAAGAUUCCUAGCUUCAGUGGUGACGUGAUCUAUGGUCAAGAGAUAUUUGUGCUUGGUAGAGAUGAACAUCAAAAUUUGACUAUUCAUCAUGGACGUGUUCAAUUUAUGGGCCCAAAUAAAUUUCAACGCCAUCAUUAUCUCUUCAGUGGUUGUGUGAUUAAUCAGCCUAGCAUUGGAGGACCUGUUAUUGACUUGAAUGGACAAGUUUGGGGGAUGGCUAAUUUUCCAGGAACGGCAUUUAUUCCUUCCUCUAUUAUAUUGAAGUGCUUGGAUAUGUGGAAGAAAUAUCAGUGUAUCCCUCGGAUGCAUAUUGGGAUGAAGCUUUCACCCAUUAAAUUUCUUGAUCCAAUUCAUGUGGAGAGGAUCUUUCGUAGGUGUAAUGUCGAUUCGGGUCUAAUAGUUCAUGAGGUGUCUCAUGGAUCAGUUGCUGACGAACUAGGAGUUAGACCCGGUGAUAUCAUUGACUCCGUGAAUGGAGAGCACAUUGCUACCACAAUUGAGUUGGAGAACUUACUUAUGAGAAUAUGUGAGAGUCAUCUUGACGAAGGAGGAGUCAUCGGUUCCUGUGUGGACAUACCAGUUGGUAUAUUGCACGUGCGGAAAGGUCGCAAAGAUCCGAGGCACAGGAGCACUUUAAGUCUGAGAUUAAAUGUAGCAGAAGGCGUAGAGGCGUUCACAAGUGGUACUUUAACUGUCGAAGUAUGAGAUACUUGUCACUGCAAGAGAGUGCGCCUAGUUGAUUUGAUGAAUAUGAAGAAGAAAAGCGGCACCACUAGUCAACGAAUUGGAGUCCGUGACUUGCCUAGAGUGCAACUGUCUGGAUGAACGCUUGUACAGUAGGUAGUUUAUGCAUGCAGGGAGUAGCAAGGAGACCAGGGUGCUGCUGUGACACUGGUUGUGGCCUAGAUAAUUGGUUUCAGGGCUGUUGGUCAGAGUUAAAAUUUAUGCCAACUUUGUUCUGGGGCUACCAUUAUAGGCACUCGUUGAUGACGGUUUCGGGGAGACGUGCUUGUGUUGCAUGAGCUGAUUUGUUGACAUAAACAAAUGAUUAGCAUUUUUCUUGUAUUAUUAAUGGUUGGUUUUACAAA